CGCACAGUAUAAACAUUAUAAUCAGUCAUGGAAUUGUCUCUUGUGUUCUAUGCUUCGUUGAUAGCGCUGUGCACGUGCUAUGCAGCAGAAAAUCAAAAGCACAAAACCGGUAGGGGCUCGAUGUGGUGGGGUAUUGCAAAAGUUGGUGAGCCUAAUAAUAUAUCACCUCUUACUUCCGGUAUUAUGUAUAUGGAUCCAGCUAUACAUUCCACACUACGAAGAAAACAACGUCGUUUAGUACGUGAUAAUCCAGGAGUACUUGGGGCACUGGUCAAAGGUGCAAAUCUUGCUAUCUCCGAAUGUCAACAUCAAUUUAGAAAUCGACGUUGGAACUGUUCGACUAGAAACUUUUUAAGAGGAAAAAACCUUUUUGGCAAAAUUGUGGAUAGAGGCUGCCGUGAGACCGGCUUCAUUUAUUCCAUAACUAGUGCAGCUGUCACACAUAUGAUAGCUCGCGCCUGCAGUGAAGGUUCAAUUGAAUCGUGCACCUGUGAUUAUAGUCAUCAAUCGAGAUCGCCGCAAGUAAGUCACAAGGUUGGAAACGCUGCUGGUGUUAGAGAUUGGGAAUGGGGGGGAUGUUCCGAUAAUAUUGGCUUUGGAUUCAAAUUUUCACGUGAAUUUGUUGAUACAGGCGAGCGAGCACGCAGCUUAAGAGAGAAAAUGAAUUUACAUAAUAACGAAGCUGGCAGAGCUCAUGUCCAGGCCAACAUGAGACAGGAAUGUAAAUGCCAUGGCAUGUCGGGCUCAUGCACAGUACGAACAUGUUGGAUGCGUCUAGCAAAUUUCCGAGUAAUUGGUGAUAACCUAAAGGAUCGUUUUGAUGGAGCAUCACGCGUUAUGGUCAGUCACAAUUUACGUCAAAAUGGUAACUCAGUCGCCGGAAAUGGUAUCCGUGGAAAUGCAGCUGUUAAGCAAAGUGUACUGCUUACAUCAAAUACUCCCAAUCCAAAUGUUUUCGAUGCUGAACGUAUGGCUAAUGAUCAUAUUACCGCCCCUGAGCAUGUGAAACAUCACCCAAACUUGCCAUCUGUAAAUAAUAUUCAGAAUCAAAAUAUUGUGUCACGAAAUUCAGUACGUGAACGGGGACGACAGGGAAGAAAACACAAUAGAUAUCAUUUUCAAUUAAAACCACAUAAUCCUGAUCACAAGCCACCAGGACCAAAAGAUAUAGUGUACUUAGAGAAUUCGCCAAGCUUUUGUGAAAAAAAUUUAAGACUCGGUAUUCAGGGUACACAUGGUCGACUGUGUAAUGACACAUCAAUCGGUGUUGACGGUUGCGAUUUAAUGUGCUGUGGUCGAGGCUAUCGGACACAAGAAGUGAUUGUCGUCGAAAGGUGUGCUUGUACGUUUCAUUGGUGUUGUGAAGUCAAGUGUAAAUUAUGUCGAACAAAGAAAACGAUACACACGUGCUUGUAAACGUUUGAAAUGAUCGUUAUAUAUAUGUAUAAUAUGGGCAUAAAAAUAACUGCAUAACUUGGUACGAAAAAACGCAUCAGUAAGAAGACGUUUUAUUUAAAAACAAAUAUACAAAAUUCACCCACAUGGAAUAAACAGCUGUGUUCGACUUAAAGACGUGUUUACAGUUUAACAAACCUACAAUAAUAAGUUUAAGACAUCUGAUUAAGCAAAAUGUUGAUGUAAUUAAGCGCAUUAUGACAUUCUUUGCUUUUUCAUAGUAAUUGCAGACAUAAUCUUAAUUGAAGCUGAGUUAGUUACCAUUUCUGCAGAAUUUGUUGCAGUGCUUUAUUUAAUAUGAGAACUUCUUAGGUGGUGUCUCGCAUCAUUGUUACUCAGCUGUCAGUUGCAAUGACACAUCAUAAUGUUAACUGUCAAUAUUGCUGCAUAACUUAACCAUAACACAUAGUAAAUAUAUUUACGAAUCAUGCCAUCAUCAGCUUGACUGUUUACAAUUGUUGUCUACUGUUGGAUCGUUGAACUGGCAAUAAUUCGUUAAAUCAUGCGGUAUGAAGUAAAGAACUGCAACUGCAUUUGUCGUCUAUAUUUCGAAAAACGUCAUAUU